GUGAAGGCACACAGGGCUCAGAGCAUGUCGCCUCCUGUUGCUGCAGCUCACUGUGGGAUCUGCUGUCGACCUUUCACACUGUACACAUGAAGGCAGAAAGCUUUUUUGCGCCUCUCCUCGCUAUGUGCGACCCGGACCUUUGGAUGAGUUUACCAGCAAAACGUCUCCUCUGAGCCUGGAGAGGGGAAAUUUAAAAAAAAAAACGGGUUUGUCGUUUGCGGGGAUUUUCUUUUUCUUUUUUUGACACAACUUGUCAGAGAAGUCGUUUUCUGCUCCUGCUACUGCUGGCGGUUUGUUCGGAGCUUCUUGCGGUGUAAAAGUGUGAAACAAGUAAAAGAGAGCAACAGAUGUUUCUGGUGGAUAUGCGGCCGGCUGAGGAAUGAAAGCUGCAGCGAGGCACCGGCGGCCCUUCCAGCGGUUCUGCUGCUGUGGAGUCGGGCUGGUCGCCGUCAUUUGGCUCGCGCAGGUCAUCCAGGCACCAGAGACAGAGUCUUUGGGGUUUCAGCCAGGCGUGAAUGGUGAGACGCUACAAUGGACACGAAGGUUAAUGCAGGAGAAGUCAGACAACCAGAGCCUGGAUCUGGAUCAGCCCCGAGCAGCCAUCCAUGAGUUUCCAGAGGACAUCUUCACCAAGGAGCAGAGGAAGAAUGGGGCCGUGUGUCUCCAUGCACUCUGUGCCAUCUACAUGUUCUACGCUCUGGCAAUUGUCUGUGAUGACUACUUUGUUCCUUCCCUUGAGAAAAUAUCUGAGAACCUUCAGCUCAGUGAAGAUGUAGCCGGGGCCACAUUUAUGGCUGCUGGAAGCUCAGCUCCAGAGCUUUUCACCUCUCUCAUUGGUGUCUUCAUCACUAAAGGGGACGUUGGCGUCGGCACAAUCGUGGGCUCAGCUGUCUUCAACAUCCUGGUCAUAAUUGGUUUGAGUGGAAUCUUUGCAGGCCAGACAGUGGUUCUGACAUGGUGGUCUCUCUUUAGAGAUUCCUCCUACUACAUCCUGUCAGUACUGACUCUCAUCAUGGUCAUCUAUGAUGCCACAGUCGUCUGGUGGGAGUCCUUACUGCUAAUGACGAUGUAUGGAAUCUACAUUAUCAUCAUGAAGUUCAACUCCCAGAUUUUUGUGUUUGUGACACGUCGGUUGAGGAGCAUCAGGCCGUGCUGCCUCCGAUCAGAAGAACGGCGAGACAACAAGUUGGGAGAAGACACCUCGGCGUGCAACACAUCGAUGGUGCUUCUCAACAAAGGCCAAGCCCAUGGUCAGGAGGCUUCUCCAGUCGUCAUGGUAGAUGAGCUUCUCAUCCUCAACCCUCACAAACUGUCAUUCUCAGAGGCCGGCCUGCGGAUUAUGAUCACCCCCCACUUCUCACCCCGCACCAGGCUCUCCAUGGCCGGACGCAUGCUCAUCAGUGAGAGACAGAGACUGCUCCGUAUUUCAAAAAAUCAACGGGACGUUGAGGCCGGACCCGGGUCAAGAGGGGGGUCCACCAGCAACAGUCUGAAGAGGACAGCCUCCUGCAGUCUGGAGAACGGAGGCAGGAGACCCGGGAUGGUCGACACAGAGUCAGGAGACAAGCCAGGGGCCGAGGUGGGCCAGCAAGAAGAAGAAGAUGACGAUGAAGAUGGGAUUUUCAGUCCAGUGCGCAUUCCAGAUGGCUGGUGUGCGCGGGUAAAGUGGGUGAUCACAUGGCCUCUGGGCCUAUUGCUCUACUGCACUGUGCCUAACUGCAUCCUGCCACGCUGGCACCGCUGGUUCAUGGUCACCUUUGUGGCCUCCACUUUAUGGAUCGCUGUCUUCUCCUACCUCAUGGUGUGGAUGGUCACCAUCAUCAGCUUCACACUAGACAUCCCAGACUACAUCAUGGGCAUAACCUUCCUGGCAGCAGGGACAAGCGUGCCUGACUGCAUGGCGAGUCUGAUUGUAGCUCGACAAGGCAUGGGGGACAUGGCAGUGUCCAACUCUGUAGGCAGCAAUAUCUUUGACAUCCUGCUGGGUUUGGGUUUCCCCUGGGCUUUGCGUACACUUGUGGUGGACCACGGAUCAACAAUAUCCAUAAAUAAUAAAGGACUUGUAUAUUCUGUCAUCCUGCUGCUGGCGUCUGUGUUUCUAACAGUGCUGAGUGUUCAUCUGAACCACUGGAGACUGGACCGUCGGCUGGGUCUGGGUCUAAUGUUUCUCUAUGCCAUCUUCCUGCUCUGCUCUAUCCUCUUUGGGCAGAUGUGAGGCGUACAGAUCAAAGGCCAACCCAACUCAGACACCAUGCUGAGUAUCUACCUUUCUACCACACGUCCUCCUUCCUGAAGCCAAAAAAAAGUGAAAAAAAGUGAAAAAAAGUGACGGCAUUGAUGUGUUCCUCUUGUUAAUUCCUCUGCAACUCAGUGGCACUUGUUAGGGUGAUACUGUACACAUGCAACUACACAAAAAGUUUUAGCUUUUUUUUUUUUUUUGUCCUUCUUGUACAGUGGAGUGUUUAAAAGCAGUCUUUCGGUAUUAAAUUGGGUGAUCUAGCAGAAAAUGUAGGAAUGUGGCAGAUGGAGGCAGCAGAUCUGUUGGGCCUUUAGUAAUAUUUAAAAAACAUGUAAUCUUUUAUGUAACUUAAAAGAUGUUGAAGUGCUGUUAUUGCACAGUAAUGUGGUUAUUUAAUGGCCAAUAUUUUGAUGAUGAUUGUACAGAGAACUGAGCUGAAUCUUUGUUUUUCUGUGUAAGUAUUACAGCAGCCACUCUGCUUUCCUUUCCUGCUAACGUGCUAUUAUAAAAGCUUUAUGGUCGGUGCUGGACUGAUGACUGGUUGUUCUGCUUUCAGGUGAUGGAUGAGGCUCAUGAUUAGGUCAUGUCGCAGCUAAAUUUGUCAGCUGUGGACUAAUUUGCUAAAUUGCUUUAAAAAACAUUUUAAAUUGGUUUGGAGAUGAGGUGCACCAAAGGCCUGUGUUCUGAAGCAAGUCCACCUUAAAAGGGAUGUUUUCUUAUCUGGCUUCAGUUAUCCUAACAUCAGAAAACCCAAUAAAUCUGACAAGGUUAACUCAGAAAAGUCAAGCCAGGGUUUGUUUGUUUUUUAAUUAGCAAUGACUGAGUUCAUGUGAGAGGGACUGUGUUUGCAGAUGACCAGUCGUAAACAUGGACAAUAGUAUUGACACUGUUGCCACAUGAUUUACAAAACUGUAAUAUUAAAAGAAAAAACAACCAAAUCAGAUAAGGUCAGACUUAAAGAAGUGCACGUGUGACAGAAAGACAACUUUGCUCAUUAAAACAUAAAAUGCUACAUGAGUAUAAGCCAUUUAUAGCUAAAUGCAAGAUACUCAAUCACUGCUCAAUCAUGAAGGUAGAAAGGGUCUACUACUACUCUGCGUUACUUUAAGGUGCUGGUUGCCUAAAAGAAAGUUCCUGUGGGGUUUAAGACAGUUUAAGUCCUUCAGUUGCAAACUAGUCAUUGUUACAUGUCUGAGAACAACAGUGGCUCAUCUCAGUGUAACACAAAGUCAUUUAAACUUCUGGUCUGUUGCUCUGUCCAGUUAGGAAUCACUGCGAAUACAUUUCACCUGCUUUGGUGCAAAUGAAAGUGACAACAAGAUGAUGACCCCCAAAGAGCAGCUCUCUCUCCUGACUGAUUUUUCUCUAGAUUCGCCUUUUGCCAACUUCUUGUAACAGUAGUUGCAGUUGCAUUCAAGGUUUACGGGUUGUCCAGCUUCAGCAGGAUGAGACAUCGUUUGGUGCUUUUGUAAGGAAGAAAGUGGGCUGUUACGUGAGAGAGAGCACUACAAAACUCAUCAAUCCUGCUGCAAGACUGCUGUCUUCUCCUGUAUACAAUGAGGAAGAAGAGUACUUCUAGAGCGCUGCAAAUGACCUCCAAUGGGUUACUCUUGCAUGUUUCUGACCAAGCUGUCUGAAACAGGCGGCCCUGGUCUCCUUUAGCGGGACCUGUUCUCACAGACCAAGGAACUAACAAGAACUAACAAGGAGUCUAGCAGAAAAGCGAAACUAGAAAAAACUAGAAAAAGCAAAUCUAAAAAAGCCGUCAUGGGGGGUAGCCAUUCAUCUCCACUGCACUUGUCACUUUCAUUUGCACCAAUGCAGAUUCACGGUGGUUUAUGUUUAUGACUCUGUGGCAUACUGGGACGAUUAAGUGUUUUAUUUUAUUUUCUCAAGCAGUGUAUGAAAAUAAUUCAGUCCAGUUAGUAGGCUUAGCUGACUUGCUAAUUUUACAUAAGGACAAUAAGUACAAAAGUUAGCUAUAGCUAUAUUAACAAUUAUAGAACAAUGAAAAGGUUUAGAUUUGUACAAGUUACUCCUGCUAAGAAGUGUAACUUCUUUACAAAGUGUAACUUUGUAACUAUCUUUUACAAAAAUAGUUAUCUUUGUAAAACUAAAAACUCAAGCCCUUAAUCCUGGAUUAUAGUCCAGGACUCUGAGUCAUGAAAUAUCCGUUCAUCUCUAAUUUGAAAUAAAAUUUAAAAAAAAAAACAACCAAAAACUCCAAUAUAACUUAUAGCAAAGUAUUAAUCUCUUAAGCUCUUAGUACAGUUUUUUAUGUCUGUAUGUAGUCUGAAAAUAAACUCAGAACUAAAUCUGUCAAGAUAACGCAGAGACGUAAAUACUUUUCUCUGAAAUAUAGAGGUGUAUAAGUGCAACUUGUCAAUGUGGAAAUGCUGACAAACUGCCAUUGAUCUGGAGUUUUGGUUGGUGCACUCUGAGGGCAUCUCUUCAAAAACUCUCUACUCUUAAUGAGACUCCUACAGGCACAUUGAAAGGGCCAACAACCAAUCACCUCCCCCCCAGCUGAUCCAGUCCAGCACCAACCAAGAUUUAUUGGAGAUACAUGUUAGCAACCCUAAGAGCAGAAAAAUCUGCAAAUCUUUCCCAUUUCUGCUGGAUAGAUUUCAGAUCGCACUGUUCUCCAUUCAUUUUAGAGCAAUAGUAAUAGAGCAAAUUUACAUGUUCUACUUUUUUCAUUUAUUUAGAUUUUCAGUGGUAAUUCAGCCAAGCUAAUUCAUGACAACAUCACUACCUAGCUGACUUCACCAUGGCAACAAGGACAAAUGGUUUCUGGGAGGGUUCGUUUUACUGACCUGUGUCUGAUACUGAAUCCACAUAUUUUCACGCAAGAAUUCAGUAUUUUAUUUAUUUUUUUAUUUCUGACUACAAAAAUCAAAGCGGCUGAGAAAGGUUUACACAGCUUGGAUGGAGGGCAAAAAUGAUGCAUCAACAGUAAAAAUCCUGCUCUGUAUACAGUACAGAAAAAUGUCUUUAUCAAACGGAAUAAGAUAUGUUUCUUUCCCCACAAUAAUCGGGAGAAAACCGGCCAUGGCGAUAGUGGGAAGGAAAAACUCCCUUUUAUUAGGGAGGAACCUCCAGCAGAACCUGGUUCAGGCGGCCAUCUGACCAGUGAGGGGUAAGGGGGAGGGACACAGAACAAUAAAGUCACUGUGGAAGAGAUGCAGAGAUUAAUAACUACUGAUUAAAUGCUGAGUGGUGUGUAAGCAGAUAGAGAAUGAAAAAAGGAAUAAAGACUCGGUGCAUCAUGGGAAGCCCCCCCAGCAGUAGUCGGGAUUAAAGACUCGGUCCAUCAUGGGAAGCCCCCCCAGAAGUCUAGGUGUAUUGAAUCAUAACUAAGGGAGGCUUCAGGGUCAUGUGAUCCUAUAUGCUUUAUCAAAAAAGGCCAUUUUUAGGCCUAAUGUUAAAAGUAGAGAAGGCGUCCAAACAUAAGCAGGCAAAUAAAAAAGAGGGAAACCACUGCAGUUUUGAAUCUUACCAAGAAAUAACUUUUCAAUCACAUCACAGGAGUUUCGCAUCAUAUUGACACAAUUUAAGCUGGUCAUUUCAAGUCAUUUUGUCCGUGCUGCGAAGAGAGUACGAAUAGAGAUUUUCAAAUAGCCUCGUAUUUUCUGAAUGUAGCUGACGUUUGUGUGAAAAUAUUUACAUGCAUUCAAAUGUAGCAGCUGGCACUGAGUUACAGCAGAGCACGUCAGACGAGAAAGUGGGUACUUUUUAGUCCUGCACCACAGGAAACCAUACAUGCGUCAGACUGUUUUUAAUACAGCCGAAAUGAAAUGCACAGUUUCACAAUAUUUUGACAAUUUUGCCUGAUUCUAAGCACGUGUUGCUGCAGCUUACUGUAAGUAAAAAGAGUAGCAGUAGUACUACGUUUUGUUUUGUUUUUUAUUUCGUUUUGAGGUCUUAUUACUAUGAAAUCUAAUAUAUAAAAAAAUAUCAGUGUCACAGAUUUUAAUGACUUUAUGUGCAGGUUACUAGUGAAACGUCACGUUUAGGUACGACUAUCGAUGUUUGUAUUUCUUGUACGUUUUAUGCGAUCGUGUCACUUUGGUGGAACAUUGUGCAGCAAAGCAGCCGAUCAGGAUAGACACAAAACAGCGCGCACACGCAGAGACGCGUCUGCUGUGUAUUUAUCGUGUCAAAAAUCGCGUUGUGUUAAACAAUAUAUACUCAGAUACACAGUGUAAUUGUUGGUUUCUGAUGGACAAACUGUUCUCUUUUAGAUUGUUGUGUGAAUUCAAUUCUUAAAUGUUCCAGCAAAGGGAUCCAGGUGAUUUUUUUUCUUCCUUCAAAUGGCUGUACAAUUAUUAUCUUUGUCUAUUCGACAAUACUUUUUACUGUUUUUAAAUGUUAAAUAAUUUACAUAGUUUUACAAUAAUGAAUGUCCUACAGAGACUAGUUUUGUGGUGUUUUUAAAUAUAUUUUUUAAAUACAUGAUGUAAAGUUAAUUGUGAGUUAUUGUAAUGGAAACAAACGCGCGCUCUGCCGGUGCGUUCAGUGACCUUUCUAAGGUGGUAAUCUUUUGUUUCAUGGCUGAUUCACUGACACGGCUGGACUUCACGUAAGAGAGCAAAGAAGACGACGCUCCUAUUUACAGGUUUAAAUUCAGUGAGAAUUUUGAAAUUUGUGAGCAGAAAACAGUGAAUUUCUUUUAUCUCUGCCAAGUUGUUUAGUUGGUUGUCUGCAGUGGAGGCAAAUGAAGCUUAUUUUUAAUUAACUUUAAUUGACUAUUAGACUUUUUACAUUGCCUUUUAACUAGUUAGGUGUGUGUGAUUUUGGAUGAUGACAUAGUUUUUGUAAUUAUGCCUCUGUACGCGACCACGUCUGUAGACUUCAGCCAGCCAUUGAUUGCAAAAGGGUUUUCAUCCAAGUAUUAAAAACAAACUUGAUGCUGUGCAAAUCAUUUUAAUAUUUAUAAAUACAACUGUAAAAACUCCGUUGAAUCAAAGCCUAAAAUCCGCAUUUUAAUCACAUCUAGACCGUUUUCACAGCACCACAGUGGAUUUUACAUCAGAGGUGAAAUUACAAAAAGUGUCAAUUAUCCAAAUGUUUAUGGGCUUAACUGUAUAUUUCAGAUCACAGCAACAGUCUUGCAUGUUAUCAAAGUCCGGUUUUAGAUUGAUUUGCUUUGAUAUUUUGUCAAAUUAAUGAGCAGGUUCCAAAGAUGGAGUGCAGUCAAGGUUCAGAGGUCUGUUUUUGUGCAACACUCACAAGGAAAGGGAAACGUUUACUCAACGCUGAAACUUUUUUUUUUUUUUUUUUAAAUAGAAAUUAAUCAUCAUAAUAAUUGCUGACAUAUUAAGCUGCUAUUGCAUAUUCAUUGGCCAACACUGGCCUUGUUCACUUUUGUUGGCAUAUCAGUAAAUAACAUGUCACUGGCCGACAUUAACGUUAGAAUUUUUGUGCAGUUCAAACUUUUAAAGUUAGUGUGUGAAGAGCCAUGAUGAAGAUCUUUGUUCUUUUCACACAGGAGGGACAAAUAUGUAACUAAAACUACAGAAACAGGUGAUAUUUAUAAGGGCAAUGAUUUGUUGCUUGUAAUGUUUUCCCAACUCAAUAUCUUAAUCCAUUAUUAUUAUUAUUAUUAUGAUAGAAAAAGGUAUAGGUAAGCCUUCAUCUUAAAGCCACUACAGGCAAACGGGGAUAAAAUGUUGGGUGAAAAUUUGCCUCAAAGUGGCCGCCCCCACAGUCUGAGUAUCACUAUACUUAAAGUUUAAUUGCCAAUAUGAGCACAGAAUAUCAGGUAAUGAUUGCAUUCAACUUUUUCCAUCAUCUCCAUCCUUCAUCCAUCAAAAUUUGUUGUUUUGCCAGCAGUUUACUUAAAGCAGUGUGACACCAGAGUCUUUUUUAACUCCACUGUAAGCUCCUGAUACACACCUCAUAAUAUGUAGCGUCAGAACAGCUCGACUUGCUGCAGUACUUGUUGUGGUUUCACCACAAAAAAGCAAAAUAAUAAAAAAAACAACAACAAUGUUCUGGUUAUUCUGCUGUGAUGUUGGAAAUAGAAGAUAUUUUAGGCUACAAAUUUACUGCUAUAGAGAUUGUAUUGGAUCAUAGAAGACUGUUCUUGUAUCUUGAGUGCAAUAAAAAAAAGAGUGCAAUAACAA